CCGCAGAACUAAAAUGUUCAUAAUUAAGGCUUGCUAGGAUAGAUUUCUGAACUUUGUCCCUACAUGGAGGAACGACACCAGCACUGACCCAGACGCUGAAAUUACACCCCGAAUUGUCAAGGCCACUUCAGUGGCCCAGAAGUUCGACAUGGAAAGAAAGUGAGAGAGCAAAAUAUAGAGGGAGAUUUCCCUUAAGGAUCGUGAACCAACAGCAAAGAGAAAGAUGAAGACCUUGGCCAUCCUUGUCCUCUGUGCUCUGGCAUGUGUGUGCCACUCUAUUGGAGAUCGAGAUGAUGAAUCAUGUACAAUACUGUUUCCUCUCUACACAGACUCCUCUACCUCCACUGCCUCAAAGCCUGCUAGUGACAAAAGAGUGGGUGUGUUUGUUAAGAAGGACCUGGCCUCCACUUUGGUGCGACAGAAGAGAGCCGGCACUGCCCUUGCAGACUUGUCCCUGACUCAGCUGGAGAGUCUGAGGGAGGUGUGCGAGCUUAACUACUGGUGUGAGAACAUGAUGGACACAGCUGGGAUCAUUGCUGCCUACACCGAAUUCUAUGGACCAAUCCCAUACUAGAUGUCAAUCCACUCCACAAACCAACUUCCAUUUUGCAAGGCUUUUUGGAGAGAAAUAGUUGUAAUGUUCUGAGGAUGAAACAUCUGAAUAAAUCUAAAUAAAUGAAGUAUAAAUUGAUACGGUGUUAGAGGGAGAGCGAGAGAGAAAGAGGACAAUGAGAAAUUAUUAAAAUAACUAUUUUGGUUAUAUUCUGUAGUGUAGUACGGUCAAUAAAAUUAUCUAAACAAUG